CAAGCGAAAGUGUUCAAAAGAAGUAUCGUGGAAUAAAGUUUAAAAAAUAUGAAGAAUUAUUAACUAUUUUAGAAGAGGUAAGAUCUUUAAUUAAUUCUGAUGACAAAUCUGAAAAUUGUGAAUCUAUUGAAAAUUUAGGAUCACAACAUAAUGAUGAAUUAUAG